ACAGGUUGCUGUCAGCGGUGUUGCGGACAUCAGAGGUUGAGUCCAGGGCAACGAGAGCGAGUCUGACAGGGCUUCUGAGCCCACAGAUGGGGAAGGACAUCAUGUGGUUCCUCAGACGAUGGGCCAAGACGUACCUGCUGAUGGACGAGAAGCUCUACGAGCAGAUCAGCAUCCCCCUGAGCACAGCGUUUGGUGCAGACACUGAGGGAGCCCAGUGGAUUGUGGGAUAUCUUCUGGAGAAGGUGAUCAACAACCUGUCAGUGUGGAGCUCAGAGGCUGAGCUGGCCAACGACACCGUGGAGCUGCUGGUGACGCUGGUAGAGAAGAGGGAGAGGGCCAACAUCGUGGUAAAGUGUGAGAGCUGGUGGAGCCUGGCGAAGCAGUUUGCCAGCCGCAGCCCACCCCUCCACCUGCUGUCCAGCUCCGUGCAGAGGUCUCUGAUGAAAGCUUUGGUCCUGGGAGGCUUCGCACACAUGGACUCUGAUGCCAAACAGCAAUAUUGGGCUGAGGUGCUUCACCCUCUCCAGCAGCGUUUCCUCAACCUCAUCAAUCAGGAGAACUUUGCCCAGAUCAGCCAGGAGGAAGCUGUCAAACAGGAAAUCGUCGCCACGUUAGAGGCGCUGUGUGGCAUCGCGGAGGCGACGCAGAUCGACAACGUGGCCUCGCUCUUCUCUUUUCUCAUGGACUUCUUGUCCAACUGCAUCGGCCUCAUGGAGGUCUACAGCAACACGCCCGAGACAAUCAACCUCAUUAUUGAGGUUUUUGUGGAAGUUGCUCACAAGCAGAUCUGCUACCUGGGAGAGACUAAGUCCAUGAAGCUGUAUGAGGCAUGUCUGACGCUGCUGCAGGUCUACUCUAAAAACAACCAGAGCAGGAAGCGAAACGACGCCACGUCUGAGGAGGACCAGUACCAGGACCUGCUGCUAAUCAUGGAGCUGCUCACAAACCUGCUCUCCAAAGAAUUCAUCGACUUCAGCGACACCGAUGAGGUGUUUCGAAACCAAGACCAGGGAACUACGGCGUCCAGUCGGACAGUAUCCGCAGCAGAUGUGGUUCUCUAUGGUGUCAACAUUGUUCUUCCACUCAUGUCUCAGGACUUGCUCAAGUUCCCCUCUCUGUGUAACCAGUAUUACAAGCUCAUCACCUUCAUCUGUGAGAUCUUUCCAGAAAAGAUCCCACAGCUACCUGAGGACCUCUUCAAAAGCCUCAUGUUCUCCCUGGAGCUGGGAAUGACCUCGAUGAGUUCAGAGAUCAGCCAGCUGUGUUUGGAGGCUUUGUCUCCUCUGGCUGAGCAGUGUGCUAAAAACCAGGAGAAGGACACGCCUCUCUUCAUCGCCACCCGUCACUUCCUCAAGUUGGUGUUUGACAUGCUGGUCCUGCAAAAACACAACACAGAGAUGACGGUGGCAGCAGGAGAAGCCCUCUACACACUCGUGUGCCUGCACCAGGCGGAGUACUCGGAGCUGGUGGAGACUCUGCUCUCCUCACAGAGAGACGCCGUCAUCUACCAGCGGCUGGCAGACGCCUUCAACAAGCUGACGGCCAGCAGCACGCCGCCUACCAUGGACCGCAAGCAGAAAGUCGCCUUCCUCAAGAGCCUGGAGGAGUUCGUGGCCAACGUGGGCGGCCUGCUCUGUGUGAAAUAACCACUGGAAACCCCCUUCGCCUCAAAUCAUCGUUUUGAAAAGUAACCAAUCAAAGACCCCCUCUGCUUCAUCCCUAAGAACUAUGGGUAGAGGCGACAGCUGGAAGCCUCUGAGGACUUCUCUGUCUCUCUACCUGCUGGGGAAUCCAUCUCAUGCCUGAAUGUUUACCCUGUUCUCACCUCCUCGGAUUUCUUUUUUGUUUUGUUUUGGUUUUCCUCCCCUUCAGCAUGAUUGACAGACUUGAUGAUGGUGAUGAUGUGGUAACCACGUACACUGAAAUGCAGAGCAGACGGACUCAGCCAGAGGAUCCUGCCCUGCUGACUAAAAAUGACGGAGCACUGACCACCAUGAUGACAAGAGGUGGAACAGCAGCUUAUGUUGUUGACGCCGGUGUCCUCCCCCUCCAACACCUCAUGUACCUGGAGGCCGCGCGUGCGCGCGCACACACACACACACACACACACACACACACACACAGUGACACUGAGAGUAAAACAAGUUGCUGUUUUUGGAGAUGUUUUUUCCAGUGUGAGGUUUUGUAGUUGAAGGUAUCAGAGGGGCCAUUUUGUGUCAAGAAUGUAAUGGCAACCAAACCCCAUGCACACAAAUGCACACAAACACACACACAAACUUCUUUCUUUAAGUUUCCUUUCAGACACACAAGCACACAAGCCGCCCCAAUCCUUCCCAGAGUGCCUUUGUUUUGUUGAGGGUUUUCUCUGUGUGUGUGUGUGUGUCUGUGUGUGUCUGUGUGUAAAAAUCAUGUCAUACAUCAACUGACAACAAAUAACGACUGUGCCUGCCGUUCGCCAAGAAUCCAGCGAAUGAACACACACACAGAAAAACAUGGACACACACACACACACACACACAGAAUGUUGCCGUGACAGCAAAGGUUGUCUUUGGGGUUUGCCUCACAACACAGGAGGGAUGUUUGUUUGGCGAUGACAGAAAAGCAAAAUCGGAUUGUGUUUCUCAGAAAUAAAAAAACAUAUAUAAAAUGUAUGUGUUUUCAAUUCAGAAACCGUGAGAGUUGUAUGUCAAAGAAAAAAAAAAAACAUGACUGAAAUGUUUUUAUAAGCCUGCAGACAGCAGGAAGAGUUAGGAGUUCAACAUUGUAUGAAUUCAGCUAAAGAGGGAGCACCUUUCUGUGACCUUUUUUUUUUUUUCUCUUUUCUUUGCGGCUUCUCUAUUUGGAUUGUAGUAUUAUGGUGCAGCCCCACCACCUCCAGACAGAUCAGGGGCCCCCACCUCAGUAGGAUUCGGCUAUUAAAGUUCAGCAGAUUCAUUUCAGUAGUAUUUUUCUACAGCAGCACGUCCACCGUAUCACUCUUCAUCACACACUGGAUUCACACAGAGACUGUUUGAGUUGAAGGACAGCAAUAACAAACCAAAUAAAAAGGAACAGAGCCACUUGUUGAAGCAUUAUGUUGGAGACAGAAUCCUCCUCGUUCAGAGCACUAUCCUGGUUAUUGUAGAAUGGCUGUUUUGUUAAUGAAGUGUAAAAGUGUACAUAAAGUUAUUA